AGGAGGCUAGGCGAGCAUAAAAAACAAAUAAAUAUACAACACAUCAAAUAUUUAAUUACCUUUACCAGUUGAUGAGUCCUUGACACACAUGGAAAAAGGGGAAAAACAAGCUAAGCUAGCUUGUGAUACACUCAUGAUGAAUUCUUCAAAUCCUAAGCUUUGCUCCAUGAAUGCAAAGUAACCGCGAAAAUGGAUGGGUGCGAUCAUGAGUGUGAGUGCAAGAAGAGAAGCGAAUACACGGCGACGAUAAAGAUCUGCGAAUGCGAGUGCGAUUGCAACUGCGAGUGCUGCAUCGACCGCUUCUACUCCGCCAUCGAAGACGAUCCCAAGCUGCUGCAGAGGCUGGACAAGAUCCAGUUCGCCCACACGCCGCUGCACGAGGCGGCGGAGAGUGGGAACACCGUCUUGGCCCUCGAGGUCAUGAACCUCAUGCCGUCCCUCGCCAAGAAGCUCAACCCGCAGGGCCUCAGCCCCCUCCACCUCGCCGUCGUCAAGGGGAACGUCGCCACCGCCCUCGCCCUCGUCAAGCUCGACAGCCACCUCGUCCGCAUCAAGGGCAAGGCCGGCCUCACCCCGCUGCACCAUGCCGCCGCGACGUCCCACGACAAGUGCCAGUCGGAGCUUCUCGCCGGUCUUCUGGUGGAGUGCCCGGAAUCUAUGGCGGUGUUGAAUAACCGGCGGCAGUCGGCGCUGCACGUGGCGCUCGAGAACCAGAACGUGCAAGCUGCUCGCUUGCUCGUGAAUUGGCUGGUCAUCGUGGCGCAAGAAUCCGAUCUCUCGAUCAAGGAUGCGCAUGGCAACACAACCCUUCACGUUGCAGCUCGUUAUUGUCGAUGCAGGGAGCUACUGGCAUUAUUGACCAAGUUAGUAAAAGUAAACAAAGCGAACAACUACGGCGAGACGCCUCUAGACAUCGCCAUCCACCACCGAAACGGCGACGCCGUAGAGGUGCUGAAGAGCGCCGGAGCGACGGUGCAGACGACGCGGGGGGAGGAGCAGCACCUCCUCCGCAGGCCGUCGAGGACGGUCCGGUACCUCCUGGGGAAACACGCCAACAAAUGCGCGGAGAUGCUGACGCGCGCCUACUUCUUCAUCACCAAGGAGCUGACCAUGGACAUGCGCAACACCAUCCUGGUGGUGGCGGUGCUGAUCGCCACCACCACCUACCAGGGCGUCCUCCAGCCCCCCGGCGGGGUCUACUCGGCGGAGGGCAACACCGACGUCCGGCUGGUGGAGCACCCGCCGGGGCGGAUGGUGAUGGGGACCACCAAGUACAGCUACUUCAUGCCCACCAACACCUUGGCCUUCAUCUCGGCCACGCUCAUCAUCAUCUUCGUGCUGCCCGACCGCGCCUUCGUCGUCAUCCUGCAGGCCUGCCUGAUAUUCAUGUGCAUCGGCUACCUUCUUGCCUUGAAUUUCAUCUCUUAUUACAAUAAGUUUUCGAGGAUUUUGGACAUCGUGUGCUGCUGCACGCUCGGCGUGGCGUUCUCGUUGAAGCUGGGGUAUUACUGCGUGAAGGCGUAUUACAAUGAGGAUGAGUGGCUGCUGCGGCGGCUGGGGGUGAUGAUCAGCAACCACAAGGCUCGCUUUUUUUGGACGCCGCCGCCCGACCAAGGUGGUGAUCGUGGUCGUGGUUUGGAGAUGUCGGUUAUAGGGAGGAUGAGGCAGCAAUAUAAACUCAUUUCUAAAAGAGUGGCUUAAUUAAUUGAUUAAACUCUCUCUCUCUCUCUCUCCAUCAUAAUCGUCGCUUUAUUCUUUGUUUCUUUCUUUAUUUUGCAUUGAUGGUAAACCGCAGCGACUACUUUUAAUGUGCACUACAUAUGAUAUAGACUCAAAUUUAUAGAGCUUUGACUACUACAUUAUUCCAA